AUGCGUGUGCCUCGGCCGCGCUGGAGUUUGAGCGCUGUGAACUUGCAUCCUCCCUGUCGUGUGAGAUUAGCAGUCAGCAGUUCGACGCUCACAUGUCUUGACGCCGUUCAAGUUUUCAAGUCAAGCGGUGCAUGCAACGGGAGACCCUCAAUUCGCGCAAAGGGCCGUGAGUGGGGCAAGGAGGCCGAUGGCAGCCUCGGAAGAUCCCAGUGCACAGGGCCCAUCCGAGCCGCUGCGGCCCGCAGAGUGGGUCCUUCCGGUUGUAGGGGUUUGCCUUCCCGCACCCAAGCCCUAACCUCGUUGUGGCGCUCUGGACGCUCGCCGAUGCUCUCGAUGCUGGUGCUCUGGACGCUCGCCGAUGCUCUCGAUGCUGGUGCUCUGGACGCUCGCCGAUGCUCUCGAUGCUGGUGCUCUGGACGCUCGCCGAUGCUCUCGAUGCUGGUGCUCUGGACGCUCGCCGAUGCUCUCGAUGCUGGUGCUCUGGAUGCUCGACGAUGCUCUCGAUGCUGGUGCUCUGGAUGCUCGACGAUGCUCUCGAUGCUGGUGCUCUGGACGCUCGCCGAUGCUCUCGAUGCUGGUGCUCUGGAUGCUCGACGAUGCUCUCGAUGCUGGUGCUCUGGAUGCUCGACGAUGCUCUCGAUGCUGGUGCUCUGGACGCUCGCCGAUGCUCUCGAUGCUGGUGCUCUGGACGCUCGCCGAUGCUCUCGAUGCUGGUGCUCUGGACGCUCGCCGAUGCUCUCGAUGCUGGUGCUCUGGAUGCUCGACGAUGCUCUCGAUGCUGGUGCUCUGGAUGCUCGACGAUGCUCUCGAUGCUGGUGCUCUGGACGCUCGCCGAUGCUCUCGAUGCUGGUGCUCUGGACGCUCGCCGAUGCUCUCGAUGCUGGUGCUCUGGACGCUCGCCGAUGCUCUCGAUGCUGGUGCUCUGGACGCUCGAUGCUCUCGAUGCUGGUGCUCUGGAUGCUCGACGAUGCUCUCGAUGCUGGUGCUCUGGACGCUCGCCGAUGCUCUCGAUGCUGGUGCUCUGGAUGCUCGACGAUGCUCUCGAUGCUGGUGCUCUGGAUGCUCGACGAUGCUCUCGAUGCUGGUGCUCUGGACGCUCGCCGAUGCUCUCGAUGCUGGUGCUCUGGACGCUCGCCGAUGCUCUCGAUGCUGGUGCUCUGGACGCUCGCCGAUGCUCUCGAUGCUGGUGCUCUGGACGCUCUCCGAUGCUCGAUGCCGGUGCUCUGGAGGCGUCGCCGCACUAGGGCGAGACAGGCGAGACAGCUGAGACAAGAGUCUAAAUAG